AUGCCCGGAUGGCAGGGGGAGAAUUUGCAGAAGAUUUUGAGUGUUGCUUUGUUUGUAUAUGAUGGGCAUGAGGAACAGCAGAAAGCUGAGCAGAUUAAAGAAAGAGAGAAAGCGAAAGAUCAGGAGGCAAAUUUUCUGGCCAUGGCUUUGGCAAGGUUCUUGCCAGGCAGAAACAGGGGCCGAGGGGGAAGAAGACCGGCGGGGACAUAUUACGGCCCAGAGAGCCUUUGUCACAGGCUGGGCUCACAGGAUGUGACAACUCUGUUGAACACGUCCAUCGUCUUCGCUUUCACCGCCAGCGUCUACCUCCAGACGGCCUUCAGUGCCGCCACGUCUCUGUCCCUCCUCCCACCAUCCCGCUGCCCCUGCCACCGCUCCUGGCGCUUCCCAGAGCUCCUGUGUGCCCUGCUCUGGGCCCUCUCCUUCCUCCUCACCUUCACCCUCUACUUCUGCCCUGCGGCGCUCAGUGUCUUCAUCCUGAGCUACCUCUUAUCGGUGCUGACCCUGGUGUUGUCUGGUCUAACCCUGCUUGCCAGGGUCUUGUGCUCCUCAUGGCAAUGUCCCCCAAGGACGCUCUGCGUUGUGGUCCUGCUGGCUGUCGUCUUCUUCCCCUUCUUCACUGCUGAUUUUUGUUACUGGCUCUUGCUAAGACUGUUUGAUUUUUCUGUGUUUGUCUUUAACGCCUCUCUCCCGUUGGCCUGCGUGAACAGCACCAUCAACCCUGUUAUUUACUUCUUGGCUGGGAGCUGUGCAGAGAAGUUCACACUCUCUGUUAGGGUUGCUUUCGAGAGGACUUUUGAAGACCUAACAGAGCCCCAAAAUAGAGGCGAAACUCCCAGAGAAAACACAGUGGAAGCAGCUGUUUGAACCUCUGUGGCUGCUCCCUGAGAGAAGAUGCUCCAGGGAUGGAGGUGUCCCGUGAGCCCGGGCGAGCCAAGGAAGAUGACUCUGGUGCGGGUCUGGCCGCAGAUGAAUGGAAUUAGCUGCAACACAAGGAACCGUGCUGGGUGGCACGGGAACUCCUGCCUGGGGUGGACGCUGGCAGCGUGGUAAAAUACCCAUCAAACCCUUUUGUUUUGAAACCUUUGCUUGGAAUCUGUUGUAUCCAACAGGUCUGAGCUUCCCCUGUCUCAACAGUGAGCUUGCUCUACCCU